AUGAACUUCGCAAAUCUAAUGUUUCAACUCAUCCGAGAAAACCGUUAUUCGGGUCGAGUGUUCAUUGCCGAUCAAGAGGAAGUGAACAAAAUAUGUGAGGAUUAUCAGAAACUUGAGAACAAGUAUGACCUGUUCGAGCGGAUGUUCAUUCAACUUUUUCUGGAAGAAGAAAUCGAGCUGUCUGUACACUUUCGGUCUCGACAAACUGAAGGAAGAGACCUGCGGAAGGAUCAGCGUUUUCGAACUCAUGUUGGCAAAUUUCAACGAUUUUUCACUGGUAUUGUCGAGAUGCUCUCCAAAGGGCCGGAGCAACUCAGCAACAUUGUUCAAGUUCUUAGGUGA